GCAACAAGAGUCGAGCUCGGCCUUUCCCACACCCCAAAAUUGUGUCAAGUAAACAAGUUGCGAUGUAUGGAGAGCCCCUGUAGAGAGAAUUGCAUCACGACCUUCGCGAAAUUUUUGAGCGUGCAACGCAAUUUAUCCGUUUGCUUGAAUUGCAGUAGUGAGUUGAGCCCAGCUUGAGCAAAAAGCUAUGAAAAAUAGAAACCUGUUUUCGAACCCAGUGGGUGGGGUUGCGCUUGCAAUAUUGCACAUCAGUUGGAUCACUUGAACGAUCACUUCACACUUGUGUUGUGGGUGAUGAAACAUAUUUUACAAAUGGAUUGUUCUUGUGCGUACGUGUGUGUACGAUUGACUAAGUGUUGAAUUUGCUUUACAAGUUUUUUUUAAAUUGGUUUGAUUCUUGUUUUAUAAAAGUAAGAAUAAAAUAAGUAAGAUGAUUGGGGCAAUGAAAAGGAAGGCGAGUUUGAGUUUGAGCGAGUCCUGCUCAUCUCAGUCCCCUCAAUCGCUAAACUGUCACGACACUUAUCAUCCAAGUAGCAAUAGUAGUGGAGGGAGUGGGUGUGGUUUGGAUAAUAUGGAAAACAAGAAACCCUACUUGACAGUACUGGGUGGUGGUAGUGGACCUAUCAUGUCCACGUCUGCAUCCGCCCAUGGACCCAAACCGGAGAAAAGGAUACGCUGGGAUGGUCCGAGAACACAAAGCUUAAUUGAGCAUUAUCGAAUGAACGAGUAUCUCUGGAAUCCAAAGUUAGCAGACUAUAAGAAUGACAAGAAAAGGACCCAGUGCCUAGAAUUAUGGCUGGAAGUGAAUCACUUGGAGAAAGGUGAGGAGCUUGUAAAUGAAGUCAAAAUGAAAUUGCACGGCUUGAGAACAUCUUUUGGACACCAAUUGAAACUGGAGAGUUCAAAUACCAGCGAUAUGGAAAAGGAUGAUGCAGGCGGAUUCCAAUCUAAAUGGCAGUGGUACAACCAACUCUCUUUCCUUAAAGAGACGAUGGUAUUUCGAUCAAGCUCUUCAAACAAUAAUCACAGCCCAUCCGACUCUCCUCCUCCAAGCGGUAUGGAUCUUCAUCAUGCGCAUCACGGAGGACAUCACGAUGAAUCUGAAUCAAUCAAAAUGGAGUUGAAUGCACCACUUAACAUGCAAGUGCUAUCUUAUUCACAUCCUUCCCAUCAUUCUCAACCCCAUGAGAUACCAGAAUACUUGGUGCAACAAGCACAUCACCAUUCCCAGCCUCAGCCGCACAAUUUAUCCGUUUCUGCGGUUCCGGUCCCCAUGCAAGCUCACGACCAGACACAUCCAUCAUUACUGGCUCAUUCAAGGAAAGAUGAGGAUGACCCCUUGUCUUAUCAUCACGGCAGGAUAACAGCUACACCCCCAAUGGCGCAUAUGAAUUUGUCGUCUAGUCAUAGCCAGCCUCCGAGUGUUGUACAUCAGCAAUCAGAAAUCACUCGAUACCAAAGUGCUAGUAGUUGCUGCCCUUGUGCCUGCAACGAACGACCAAGAUCCGCAGUUGGUGAAAAAUUGGGACGCCUUGUUGAAGAAACUUUUAAUAAUUUACACCCCGAAUACCAAGAAAUAGCCAAAAUUGAAAUACAGCAGGUGCUUGGAAAAUAUUUGCAGAAACCAGUUCCGUAAUUAUGGAUUGGACAAAUUUACAAUUUUAUUGAUGCACAUGAUUUUCUUAUAAUUCCGUCUGACUGAACACUUACCUAAUUUGAAUGGAAUAUUGUAAAUAUUUCAAGUAUUCUUAUAUGAGGAAAGAACAACCCUGCUGUGAAUUAAAGGUACAAACGGUGCGAGUACGUAAUUAUAUGUAGACCUAGUACCUAUAAUAAUAAUGUGUUUAUAUUAAUAGUAUCUAAUUUAUGUGUAGUAGUAUAUAUGUAAUGUACGUGAUGGAAGGGAAACGGAACAAACAUUUUAUAUUAUACUCACGCUUACUUGGUGUAAAGGAAUUUUAUCUUUGUAUUUUUAAAAAUAUUUGAAGUAAAACAACAUACAUAUAAAUGAA